AUAAACCGUUCGUAGAACGCAUGAAGAUAGAACUCAGUGAAUAUUUCCAUGCUAAUACAACAGGCGAGGUCACAGACUAUACAGUGUGGUCCGCACAUAAAGCGGUGAUAAGGGGCAGGUUCAUCAGGCAAUCAGCGUACAUAAAGAGGCGACACCAAACCACCCUCCUAGAAUGCCACAAACAAAUAGCGAUAAACAAAGCCCAAAACAAGAAUGCUCCCACGGCAGCCCUAGCAGACAAAUUAAGAGGUCUGUAUCAGGACCUUACUGAGCUCAACGCCCAAAAGACCCAAUACUUUCUACAUAGACUACGAGCCACCACAUACCGCCACAGUGGCAAGGCAUCUAAAUACUUGGCCAAUAGACUCAGAACUAAGCAGGCCGCCAAUAGAAUCCCACACCUUAUAGGGCACACAGGAGACAAACUCAUGAACCCCAUGGACAUAGUGCAGGAAUGUGCACACUUUUACAAACAGCUAUAUAAUCUAGACUCAAGUGGUGGUGCAACACAAUCUAUUUGCAGUUAUUUACAGGGUAUUGAACUCCCCAAAUUAGACCAAAACUCAGUGAGCGCCUUACUCGAACCGAUCUCCAUACAGGAGAUCCGGACG